AUGAAGUCAAUGUAUAUAAUGAUUUUGGUUUCGCUUUUAAAAUUAGUUGUUGGUGAAACCAACAACAAUGCGCAGCCGUUCCUUAAAGUUCUAAAAGGAGCUGAUGAUCCAAAAUCACCAUUAAUUAUGCUGGCAAACCCUACCUCAAACGUUAAUAUGGAAGUCAUGUCGGAACCGGAACUGCUGAAUCCAGAUUUUGAAACAACUUUAGCAACCCCAACGGAUUCAACAUCUAAAACAGAAAACCCACAUAAAAAAUCCCGCCCGCAACAAAUCAAAAAACCAUCUUUAAAUCAGCAACAAAAAUCAAAGCUUCAUGAGCUCCUCUCGAUGCCUGGUGGCUGGGAAAGUUUCCCUUUAAUUAAUCCUGUUCCACUAGCUGCAAUGACCGCCCAGGCACAUAUUCAACCCAUUUUCUACCCAAUGCCAAUUUACGUUCCGUAUCCCAUUCCGUUAAUGCUGAACCAAAUGAAUACAGUGAGCACUUCGCAUAACAACAAUCUUGAAGAUCAAAUCAAUUUAAGAUUUAAUGAGCUGAUGUCUGCAAAACUACUACGAGAUGCCUUCAAAGGUGAUAGUUCCAAAUGGCAAGAGAUAAAUAACAACUUCAUAAAACCUGGGAAUCAGAAAUGGAGGGGAAAAUUUAGGAGGACCACAUCUACCUCUACAACAACCACAACUGAAUCUCCAGUAACAAAACCAACAGAACCCACACGAAAUUUGGAUGACAAUAGUAAGCAGAGUGACUCCGCACCACAAAAUUAG